AUGUUGACAUCCAUUGCAGCCAAUCACGACGUGUUUAUCGAAUCCAGCUCUAGCUGCUACGACGUCGUGCGAGCGACGUCCGUGAUUGACCUUCUCAACAAGAACUGGCCCGGCCGCGCCUCGGACUUGCUCACGCCCAUGCUCUUGCUCGAACACUACGUGACGACAGCGCCGCAACGGGCCGAUGCCAACUAUUUGGGCCACUGCUUGCCACCGGUGCUCGUCGCUGCAGUCGACGCAUAUCUCUUUCCAGCGCGCCCUUCUGUUCUGUCCAAGCUAGCCGCGGACUCGAAUCCACUCACGGUCGUUGCGGUCGGUCUGGCCUCGGCCGCGCUCGCCCAGCCAUUACUGCCGCUGUCAGAGAGCGUUCUCGAUACCAUCUUUGUUGCGUUGGACCAAGUCCCAGAGCGACGGCCGCGCCACCACUCGGACGACUCGGACGACUCGGCCUAUGUGCUCGCGCCGCAAAGCGUCACUGACGUCGACGUUGUCCGCAGCGUGCUCGUGUUGGCGCAAAGGGCACAUCGUCUCGACGCCGCCCUCUUUGAAAAGUGCGUGGCGCGCUACGGCCUUCUGAUACUGCGCGCCAUCGGUCCGUUGGCGAGAAACCGAGUCGACCUCGGUGUCUUGGGUUCGCUCAUCGUGGACUACAUCCACCGCUCGAUCCCGUCGCUGCUCGACAAAGUGGCGUGGCCCGACAGCGACGAAUGGAGCGCGGAAUACAUUACGUGCAUGGGGUGGGCCCUUUUGCUCGCGGCGGAGAGACUCCUUCACUACUUGGCGCCGGACUCGCUCACGCCAUUUCUGAGCGCAUGGCUGGAGGCGCUACCGACCGACAUCUUUGCCACGCGCGACUUUCUCGUGCCUCUAGUUGAGCGUCUCCCGCGCACCGUCGCGGCUUUUCGACCGCUCGCGUUGGCAGUCGUAACUCGGUACGAGGCGACGCCGCCGCUGCCCUCGAUUGUGGAUUUUGGGAUGCGCGACGUGGCGCUGGACCCGACGCAUUGCGACGACUGCAAGACGGUGCGAGCGUUCUUGGACGACCCAAACAUCAACGAGUCCACUUUUACCAAGAGCGGACGGCACAAGCGCCCCCGCCACGCAUGA